GGCAAGGAUAACUGAGAACGUAAGGGCAAUCCUUGACUCGGCGGCUGGAGCAGGCUGUGUGCUAAAAGCAACUUAAAAACCUGCCUAAAAAUAGCCGUUCAUUGUCAGCGGGAGUGAAAAGACAAGAGGCAGCGUGCUGCACUGUGAUUCAGGCCUAAUUAAAGGGUUGCGUCUGCGCAGGGUUAUAAAGAAGAGCGGCUCCCGGAGACCAUCUAGUCAGUUGCCAACUGCAAGGGUUCAACACCGACCCCGCAGACGGUGGAAGCUGUUGGAUGCUGGCUUUGCCUCCACAAUGGCAAAAAUCAUCUUGAGGCACCUCAUCGAGACUCCAGUGCGAUACGAGGAGGAAUUUGAAGCUCGAGGUCUGGAGGACUGCAGGCUGGAUCACGCUUUAUAUGCUCUGCCCGGGCCAACCACCUUGGACCUGGGGAAAGCCAGGGCGGCCCGGGCUCCCCCAGUGGACUCCGCCGCGGAGGGGCCGCCCCAGAAAGGCGAAUGCCGUUUCCAGAUCCUGCUGGACGUGGUCCAGUUCCUCCCCGAAGAUAUCAUCAUUCAGACCUUUGAAGGCUGGCUGCUGAUCAAGGCUCAACAUGGAACCAGGAUGGAUGAGCAUGGUUUUAUCUCCAGAAGCUUCACGAGACAGUAUAAACUGCCGGACGGCAUUGAAACCAAAGAUUUGUCUGCCACCCUCUGUCAUGACGGAAUUCUGGUGGUGGAAGUAAAGGAUCCAGUGGGGACCAAGUGAAAUCUUAUCAGCGCCCGCUGAUAUGGCCGGAGGAAGAUUCUAGUUCAGCCCAUGGAAUUACGGGAAUGUCUGUAUUAACCACGUAUGAAAUGAUUUUUAUGAAGAUUAAAAAUGUAGGCCUAGUUCCUGGUA